GCUGUGUGUAGCGAUGUGUGUGGGGUUCGGAGCGGCGCCGGCACAGCCGAAGGGAGCGGGCGAGCGGCGGCGGCAACGGCGGCGACGGCGGCGGCGGGCGCAGAUCAAUUAAAAGAAGAAUGAGCUGUAAUCCCUGAAGAUAACUGGGCAGCUUUUCAUUUAGUAUCAUUUUUUAAUUAUAGAUGUUCAAGUGGAGUCAAGCUCUUGCUGGUGUGGAGAUUUAUACAAGUCUUCAGUUUGUCAGCACAAACAAGAGGCAUCAUUUUUAGUGAUAUUCCCUCCUUCUACUUUUUUGGUGUCCUUGGCAUAAAUUAAAUUUGGUUGCAUCAUUUUGUGUUUGGGUCUAGGUUUUAUGACACAGUGAUGGCAUAAACUUUCCACAUGCUUUGCUUAAAAAAUUACGACAAAACCAACCAAAUUCAACUGUUGCACUGACUGAACUUUGGGCAUCUUGACUUGAGACAUUGAUAACCUUAUUUUAAUAAGUAUAUUUGAAGAACUCAAGAAAAGAGCUUCCUCAGAAGUGUGUGCUUAUAUAUUCCCUUUAUUAUUGGAAGCAAAAUGAGGAAUUUUAUAGCGUUUACAGUGAUAUCCUAAAGCAUAAGCAGAACCAAAAUAGUUGCAAAAUCUAUUAAAAUUUACCUUUGGAAAUUUAAAAUUUUCCUAUGAGUAAGUCAGUCAUAAGUAUUUGUAUGCAUUACUCUUCUUUUCCAAUAAGCAACUGAAUAAAAAAAUGCAAAUCUCAGACUUAAUUAUUUAACCCAGUAUCAUAGUAAUGGAAAACCUACAGACCAGUUUCUCCUUGGUUAAGGGCUCAGAUAAAAAACUGAAUGGGAUGGGAGAGGAUGGCAGCCCUCCGGUGAAAAAAAUGAUGACUGACAUUCACACAAAUGGAAAAAUGCCAACCAAGGUGCCCACCGUGAAGAAGGAGCACCUGGAUGACUAUGGAGAAGCACCCAUGGAGACUGAUGGCGAGCCUGCCAAGAGAAGCUGUACUUCCGUGCCUGAACCUUUGAAUUUAAAUCCCAGUUUGAAACACACUUUGGCACAAUUUCAUUUAAGUAGUCAGAGCUCUUUGGGUGGACCGGCAGCAUUUUCUGCUCGGUAUUCCCAAGAAAGCAUGUCACCUACUGUUUUUCUGCCUCUUCCAUCUCCUCAGGUCCUUCCUGGUCCGCUGCUCAUCCCUUCCGAUAGCUCCACAGAGCUCACCCAGACUAUAUUGGAAGGGGAAUCUAUUUCUUGUUUUCAGGUCGGAGGAGAAAAGAGACUCUGUUUGCCCCAAGUCUUAAAUUCUGUUCUCCGAGAAUUUUCACUUCAGCAAAUAAAUACAGUGUGUGAUGAGUUAUACAUAUAUUGUUCAAGGUGUACUUCAGAUCAGCUUCAUAUCUUAAAGGUACUGGGAAUACUUCCGUUCAAUGCUCCAUCCUGUGGGCUGAUCACAUUAACCGAUGCACAAAGACUAUGUAAUGCUUUAUUGCGGCCACGAACUUUUCCGCAAAAUGGUAGCCUCCUCCCUGCUAAAAACUCUUUGGCCCAGUUAAAGGAAACUGGCAGUGCCUUUGAAGUGGAACACGAAUGUUUGGGCAAAUGUCAGGGUCUGUUUGCACCUCAGUUUUAUGUUCAGCCUGAUGCUCCCUGCAUUCAGUGUCUGGAGUGCUGUGGUAUGUUUGCACCCCAGACAUUUGUGAUGCAUUCCCACAGAUCACCUGACAAAAGAACUUGCCACUGGGGCUUUGAGUCAGCCAAGUGGCACUGUUACCUUCACGUGAACCAAAAAUACUUAGGAACACCUGAAGAAAAGAAACUGAAGAUCAUUUUAGAAGAAAUGAAGGAGAAGUUUAACAUGAGAAAUGGAAAGAGAACCCAAUCCAAGACAGAUACACCAUCAGGAGUGGAAUUACCAUCAUGGUAUCCUGUUAUAAAACAGGAAGGUGACCAUGUUUCUCCAACACAUUCAUUUUUACACCCCAGCUACUACUUAUACAUGUGUGAUAAAGUGGUUGCUCCAAAUGUGUCACUGACUUCUGCUGUCUCCCCGUCUAAAGAGAUCACAAAGACAGAGACAAGUAAGUCUAUCUCAAGACAGUCAGAAAAGCCUCACAGUAGUAAUAAGCGUCAGAAAACAGUGUCUUACCCAGAUGUCUCACUUGAGGAACAGGAGAAAAUGGAUUUAAAAACAAGUAGAGAAUUAUACAGCCAUUUAGAUCCAUCAAUCUCAAAUAAUUCUACAAGCAAAAAGAAAUCCGAAUCUACUAUUUGCAGUGUAGUAAGAGACGCAGGCAAACUUGACACUGCAGCUCCCCCUGCACUUGUCAAGGACGCUGUGUGUGAGGACGACAAAGGGAAGAUCAUGGAAGAAGUGAUGAGGACCUAUGUGAAACAACAAGAAAAGCUGAACUCGAUUUUGCAAAAGAAGCAACAGCUUCAGAUGGAAGUGGAAAUGUUGAGUAGUUCAAAGGCUAUGAAGGAACUUACAGAGGAACAGCAGAAUUUGCAGAAAGAGCUUGAAUCUUUGCAGAGUGAACAUGCUCAAAGAAUGGAAGAAUUUUAUGUUGAACAGAAAGACUUAGAGAAAAAGUUGGAGCAGGUAAUGAAGCAAAAGUGUACCUGUGACUCAAAUUUAGAAAAAGACAAAGAGGCUGAGUAUGCGGCGCAGUUGGCAGAACUAAGACAGAGACUGGACCACGCUGAGGCUGACAGGCAAGAGCUCCAAGAUGCGCUCAGACAGGAACGGGAGGCACGACAGAAGCUAGAGAUGAUGAUCGCAGAGCUGAAGCUGCAGAUUUUGAAGUCCUCAAAGCCUGCUAAGGAGUAGACACUGUUGAGGAAGCCCGGCCGCGCGCUCCAGAGGGCCGUGUGUGCUUACUGCCUGCUUUGCUCACUGAGUCCUGAACGUCUUACCUGCAUGGAGAUGACUGGGCUUCUGUUCAUUUGUUGGUCAGAGGAAGUGAGAGAUUAUAUAUUAGUACACAAAUUUUUAUGUUUUCCAAAUGAAUGAAAAUAGAUGUUGUUUUGUACUUUUUAUUUUAUUCAGUCAGCUUGGUAACUACAGUACUAUGUAAUUUCAACACGUAGAUAGUCUACCUAUAUUUCUAAUGUAAAUUUAACAAUUGUAUACUUUUUUAAAGUUGCAUUAUGUGAUGCAUUGUUAUCCAUAUUUCAAUUUUUGAUACAAUGGUGGCAUCAUUGUUCAAAUAUAUGAUAUGGAAUGACUCAAGGAGCUGACACUCCAUUUUUCCCAUUUGCACAAUCUCCUAAGCUGAUGUAGUUGUGUAAUUUUUAUACGCCAGACCAGGUUUGCUUUUACUUACUUCAGGUUGUGGAAUGAAGUUUCACUCUUCUUUCUUUGUAAUGCCUUUUGAAGAGGAAUCUUGCUGGUGAAGUUAGCCUCACGGGUGCCAGUGCACUUGGGAAAGAAAAUAUGCUUCAUUAUGCCCUGCUGGAAGCACGAGGAGCUUUUGUAACUUAUAUUUCAGUUUUGAGUGUGGUUAUGCUUAGAAAAUUAUUUCUCAGUGACUCCAGAAAAAUGAAAUAAUUUCUGAAUUUUUUUUUUUGUUAAUAGUGAUGUGAAAAUACUGUUCUUGAGUAAGAAUGAUUCCAUGGAUGUACAUUGGUUUCUAUACAAUCCAUAAUCCUCCUGUACAGUUUUUAUAUGUAGUCUUAUAUGGCUCUUACUGAAAUUUAUAUACUGGAUUUGUUUCCUUUUAAAUUAUAAAAUAUUAAAUACCUUCAAGGUUAUUUUGAACUUUUGUAAGUUUAAAUGUUAUCUUAAAAUUUGCACGAAUGGACCAUUACAUUACUCUUUAAUAUCAAAAUCAGGAAUUUGCAGUCAGCCAAUAGUAUCUGAUAGGUUACUAUAGGACAAUUUAAAUAUCUGCUAUUAAAAGUAAUUUUUUAAAAGAUAGUUUUAGAUGACAAAGGAAUUCCACAAUUUGGGGACAGCUAACACCUGCACUUUUCUUUUUUGCACAGAAAAGUCUCAUCAUUUUUUCUACAGAAUUUCACAUUAGUCAAUGCUUGACUUGGCUUAAAAGUUACUAGGUAAAGUUCUCAGUGGACGUUAGUGUUUUGUUUUUAUUUUGUCUUUUUUUUUUUUUUU